UUUCAUUUGUUGGUUAUGUGCGUACACCGAAUUUCUUUUUCUCUGUUUCUCCAGUUUUUUCUAGAAUCAUGCCCUCACACAGCUUCCAUCUGAUAUGAUUGAUAAAACUGUGUGUUUCUGGUGUCCUCAUGUAAGUUGCUACAAUUCAAUCUAGCUUUUCAUACCCUGCUCGCCAACUUCUCAUCUCUCCAUCCAACGAGGAUGGACCUCAUGGCGGCCUCUCGAUCCCAAGCUAACAUCUCCAGUUCCUCGCUUCUCUCUCAUUUGUUGUUACCUUCUUUGACUUCGAUUUCAUAAGCAAAUCUAGAACGGGGACUAUGAACGGCAAUGCCGGGAGGAUUAGUUGUGAGGCUCACUCCACCCACGGAAGCAAUGCUCCAGCGCCCAAUCCCCUCCGGUCAGCAAUUUCCAACACAGCCAGCUCACAACUCAUCGAAGAGCAUGUUGAAGGCCUUGAACCCUCAGAACUCAGUCACCAGAAUAUGCCGAUACUUCAACCAUGCGCCUCUCACUUGAGAGCUUGUCCAGACCUGAACGCGAGUGAUGCGAAACCGCAGGCUUCAUGCAUCAUUCCAUGCACUGCCCCUAACUUCAAUGACGCAGGGCAGUUAUUACAUCCUGUUUGUCAAGAGACCAGUUCAGCUUCAUCUUCAAACAAUGGUCAGCCUCAUCUUUCAAGCACCCAUCAAAUUGGUACCUGUGAAAAUCCAAACUCAACAACUCAAGUCAGCUCUAGCGAAUCUCAUAAUCAGAUGAGCUUGAGUGACCAGAUGAACCCUACUGGUCCCAGCUUAGCCAAUUCUAAUCAGCAUAUAAUUGUAAACCUGAUGAACUCUGCUGCAAGUCAAUCCGAUAUCAACUCGUCCGGAGAGUUUUCCAGCUCUGGAAUUUCGCUCUGUCAGCAGUUGGAAAGCGGCAUACCAUCAGUUCUUGCUCAAGGUGUGAACCCUAAUUUGCAGCAUCAGAAUGUGAAUAUUCCUGUUUUAAGUUCAUCAUCGCCUGGUUUAAGUCUAGGCCAGAAUUUCAAUCUUAGUGCUUUGCCAGUGAAUUUGCUCAUGCCUGAUCCAAUGUCCACCCAGCCUAAUACAAUUUUGUCGUCCUACAGUAACUCAGCAUGUGGGAACUACUCUCCGUUCGACAAUGGAAUUCCAUGGUUGGCAGAUAAUCGCAACUACUAUGAUCGAAACUUCAGUAAUAGUAGGCUGAGUAUGUUGGAAAACAUCGGGUUGUGUUCGCCGAAUUCCGUGGAGUCUUUAUCGCGAAACUGCAAAGAACUGGGUAAUUACUCCAAGUGUCUUUCAUCUCUCGACCCUUGGCUGAACAUCUCUAAUAUUAAUCAGACUGGAAAAUAUCCUGAUCAGAUCUCGCCUACCAAUAAUCUUCUCCACUUUGAGCCACCAACCGCUGAUCUGAAUGUAAAAUUGGCCGAUUGUUUGAAAGCAGAUCUUGAGAAUAAAGCAAAGUGUGACUCUACUAAAAGUAAGCUCAAUUUCAGUCAACUUGCUGUGAAUACAGAGUUCUCAGAUUAUGAAUAUAAUAUUCCAUGCAUCAGCAGCUCGGCCCCAUACUCUGUCGAUCUGAGCAAGUUUCCUUACCAUUUCUCGAAGAAUGACUAUCCGCCAGCUAUUUCUGAAGUACAUGAAGGCUCUGCCAAGAUCAAGCAUCCUUGUGCCAAAAAUGUUGAGCUGAAGAUUGAUGAGUUCAACGCAAUGAAGAAAAUUGGAGAUUGUUCGAUGAGCAACCAUCAUGGUUUUUUCGGUCAAGAAAUGACAAGAAGCGAGUGCAUGACAGUGCAAGAAGGCUGUGAAGAAAUCGACAUGGGAAGUGAAGGAAGCGAAGAAAGUGAUAUCAUUGUUGAGGACUCCGAUUCCAGAUCAGCCGAUGAAGAACAGAAUGAGAUUUCUGUAGACCAUGCUGAAAAAAUCUUAGGCAGUGGGGAAGCCAAUCUCUCAGAAGUGAAUCCAUGCUCCAUAACCUUGCGUUGUUUCAUCUGUGAUCUGUCAACAACCACAAUGCCGGCCACUCAGUUCAUUCACACCAACAGUGAGUUCCCGGUGACUUCAGCAACGAAAACACCUAUCGUCUCCAAACUUCUGGAAUUUGUCCCUAGAGAGCUCCACAAAUACUUGAGCAUCGAGAAUCAUUUCUUGUGCUGCCGCUGUUUCAACCUUAUUGAGACUGUAGAGAGCCUAGAGGGCAAGCUUGAAUCGGUAAAAAAAAACUUGACCGACACGCUCACUAGGACCGUGACAAUUAUCAACAUUCGUGGUGUGGAGGAAAAGAAGAUCCCUUCUUUGGAGUGGUUUCAACCAGCAGAUUUAUCAGAGGAUCCAGACGCUGCGAAAAAUUGCCAAGAAAUGAACUCAUCUUUAGAUUUGGACAAUCCAAAGGGCAAUGAUGGGUGCAUCAACCGGGAUGUUCAGAAUCCACAGGAAGAAAGUCAUGAGGUAACUGAGUUUUCAAACUCAACAUCGAAAGAAAAUUCAGCGAGUCAAAUUGAAGAUUGUGAUGCCACAGGACAAGAUCCAGAUCACCAGCUUCAACCCAAAGAAAAUGGACCGGCAGACAAGGUUACAGCUUCUCCUGCCGAGAAUCACACGGUGCCCGGAAAGUUUUCCGCCUUCUGUUCUGACUGCGGCAAGGGCUUCAAAUCCAAACUUAAACUAGCACAACAUCUCCUGAUCCACAGUGGUAAAUUCCACUACCUGUGCGAACUGUGCGGGAAGCCUUUCCGUCAGAAACACCACCUGGAGGACCACAUCCUUAAACACGCGGGUAAAUUCAAACACAGCUGCAAAGUUUGCAACAAACGGUUCAUGCAAAAGUCCAGCCUUCGCAUUCACGCAGCCCUGCACACCCAGCAGGACCGACAGAUCUGCCAAUAUUGCGGGAAGAAAUUCUCUAACCAUUGGAACCUCGCCGUUCACAUUGACCUUUGCUUGAAGGUCAUUAAAUUCACAUGCGAAUUCUGUCAGAAGACGUUCAGCCAAAAGAGGCUGAUGGACAACCACGUGGAGUCAGUUCACAAAAACAACUUCAAAUUCACCUGUGAGGAAUGUAAGAAAGGAUUCAUGAAGAAAUCGAGCCUUGAUGCACACAUGAUCGUACACUCGGAUGUGAAAUCUUUCGUUUGCCAGAAAUGUGGCAAAUCGUACAAAACGCAGUCCAACCUAAACCAGCACUCCAAAGUGCACUCGCCAAGCGCGCAGUUCAGCUGCACCGUGUGUGAUGCUAAGUUUCUACGCAAGAGUAGUUUGGAAGCACAUUUGAAUAACCACGAGGAUAGCAAACCGUAUAAAUGCUCCCAGUGUGAAAAGGGCUUUGCCAGUGAGCAUUACCUCAAAAUACAUCGUAGGCAGCAACAUGAUAGAGGAAAAACCGUGCGUAGUGACCGCCAUAAAGGAGUGCAAAGUAAACAUUCGGAAAUUCAUCAGAAGCAGUGCUACAGAGAAAAAGCGACAGAUAUUGCAGUUAACCAAACGUGAAGCUCCUGACUGAUGCUGAACUGAGGUUCAUUUUGAUGUGAUGUGACGUCGACCCUCUUGCAGUUGGCUACUGAUGCUGAACUAAGGUUCAUUUUGAUGUGAUGUGACGUCGACCCUCUUGCAGUUGGCUGUUGAGAUCCAGAAGUGGCGCUGAAAUGCUGUCAAAUGCCGCUGUUUUAUCCGAGUUGCUUUCUGGGAAGUAGAAGAUUUAUCCGUGGCAUUACUGGCAUUCUAUCGGACACGUGCCCCUGUUUGAUCAAAUACCCAACACGCUCAUGCAGGACUGUGAGUUAGAUAUUUUUUUUCUUUUUUUCUUCUAGUGAGAUAUCCUUCGCAACCUUCGCAAACGAAAAGCCACAAAUCUGACACCUUUGCUUCUGUUUCUCGUCUAUUGCAUCCCAUCAUCAGAGAAUAUCAUGACGGAUAAUGUGAUGGAAAGAUGAAAUGACUUGUUCCAUUGCGGUAGAUCAUAAAGAAAAAACUCAGCGUCCUCUGCUUACUGGAUACCGGAUGGAGUGUGAAAUUUUCGAACGUGACUUUUGUCGAACUUUUAUCUAAGAAAAGCAAUUUUUUAGUCUUCUUCAAAUGCGUUUUCCUGCAGGCGAAUUUGCUUUUUUGAGCAACUCGUGAGGAAACUCCUCAUAGAACUUCAGCGUGCACUCGAAGCAAUCUUCUUCUAUUUUCACCUGAAAGUAAUGAAAAUGGUUCCUAAUUUGUUUCAUCCACGGUAUUAAAAUAAUUUUAAAAUUUGUAAGAAUUUUAUGACCUGAAAUCAUCGUAGGAUGCCGAUUUGUACUAUUUUUUUUUUUUUUUUCUAAUCGGAUAUCCGAACUUUAACUUUUACAUGCUGUACCGUACUUUUUCUCAUUCGCACGGAAAUUCAUAUGUAUAUGAGGUUUUUCGUAAAAAACUUCGCAAUUUUCAUGUCCAGAAAGAUCUGAUCAAAGUUGAUCAUUUGCAUUUAGUUCCUCGGCUCUAAGUGCUCUACCCAAGGAAAAUUAAAACGAAAAACUUGUGUAACAGAAAUGAUAGUUUCUCUGGUUUAAUUUUUUUCCGCAGUGUGAAAUUUCAUUUCAGAUAGGUUUUCGUUGAAAAUCGUCGAAUUCCUAAUUUUUUUAAGAUUGCCGUUUACUUCGGGCGUUUUCUGAUGGUCUGGACUAUAUUUGCGAUUCUUCGCGUUUCUUGUAACAUCAUGUCUUCAUGUUUAGACCAUCUCUCCUUUUUUUUUUAAUAUUUUCCCCCCUAAUUUGAUUAAUGCCGACAAAUCACUCAUGUCCAC